AUGGCCGAGCCCGCCGAGAGGCCCAAGGUCCAGCAGCCGAAGCCUGUCGCGCUGCCUGCCCGCAGCGGCCCUGCCUCGAUCCUGGUCUCGCCGCGCCAGAAGGGCAACCCCAUCCUGAGCAGCGUCCGCAACGUGCCGUGGGAGUACUCGGACAUUCCGGCCGACUACGUGCUCGGCGCCACGACAUGCGCCCUGUUCCUGUCGCUGAAAUACCACCGCCUGCAUCCUGAGUACAUCUACUCCCGCAUCCGGGCCCUGGCAGGCAAGUACAGCCUGCGCGUGCUGCUCACAAUGGUGGACAUUGAGAACCACGAGGGAGCCCUGAAGGAGCUGUCCAAGACGUCGCUCAUCAACAAUGUCACCCUCAUCCUCUGCUGGAGCGCCCAGGAAGCCGGCCGUUACCUCGAACUCUACAAGACGUACGAAAACACGGCUCCCACCAGCAUCCGCGCACCCCAGGCCUCCAACUACUCGGAGAAGAUGGUUGACUUCAUCACCACGCCGCGCAGCAUCAACAAGACCGAUGCCGUCAGCCUGGUCUCGAAUUUCGGCAGUCUACGCACCGCCAUCAAUGCGCAGCCCGAGGAGGUCGCUCUGGUAGCCGGAUGGGGCGAGAAGAAAGUCAAGAAGUGGUGCACCACCGUCCGCGAGCCUUUCCGCGCGACCAAGGCCGCAAAGAAGGGCGGCAUGACGCGCGAGGACAGCGAGGCAUUCCCAUCUACCUUCUCGCGCCAAGCUACACAGCCGAGCGGACGCAAUGCCCCAGAUCCGCGCGUGGCGGCGCGGUUGGGCGUGGGCGCGCCCGUGCCUGUAGAUCAGGAUCUGCUUGCCCCUGCGCCGAGCAGGAACCAAGAAGCUGAGGAAAGGCCAUCGACGCGCGUUGCCGAAGAUGUCCCUGUAAACGAUCCCGGGGACGAUGAGGAGGAGGCCUUGCGCGAAAUGGAGGCGGUAGACAUGGCAAGCAGAUCACGCACGGGGCCAAACAAGCCUGCAGCUGCGGGUACAAGCCAACUCGCCGAUGCAGCCGCUUCUUCAAACAAACGGAAAGCUCCAGCUGAUGAGCCUCUUAGUGAAGGAAUACAAGCGGCACUGGCUAAGCUUCGGAAGGGAGGCUGA